AUGUCCCGUCCCUCCUCUACCUCGACCUACUCGGGUAACAACCAGUUCCCCAUGCCCGCAGGCGUGUCCCUGCUAUCGCCAGAAAAGGUGGGCGAGCAGCUCUCACCUGCACAAUCCACCUUUUCCUUUGCAUCCACCCCUCGCUCCGUUCAAGAUGUCGACCACGACGACUCCCGCCAUCUGCAUCCCAUGGGUCGAGGCACCACUGGCGAUGCCACCGGUUCAUUGCGUCCCAGAUCCUCCCGUUCCCGCGCACAGUUCUACGAGGAUUCGUUUUCCUACAAGGAUGGCAUUCCUUCGUCGGCUCGCGAUCGCGUUACCAAGGAUGCUCCAAUAGUGGCUGAGCUGCGGACGAACGUGAUCAUCAAGGACGAAUACACCCUAGUCACCGACUUGUCGCAUCAUCUCUCGACGCGCUAUCAACGUCCGGAAACAAGCAUUAUGAUUACCGUCAAUCACUCGGCCUGCCUGCUGCUUGGCGGUUCCUUUGAGCCCACCUACAUUCUCGCCAUCAACGCCCUCCCCGUCCAACUUCAACCCACGACCAACAAACGCAAUGCCGCCAUGAUCCAGACGUUCAUGGCCGAGUCCAUUGGCGUAUCGCCAGAACGCGGCAUCAUCAAGUUCCUGCCCAUUCCCGAAGACAGUCUUGCCAUGAACGGCAUGACCAUUCUCGGCGAAAUUGAGCGAUUGGAGCGCCAGCAUGCAGAAGAGUCGGGCAGCAAUGUCAAGCGCGUGGUGACCAAGGCCUCGCGGAAAUCGGCCAUGUACAAGGCAAAGAGUAGCAUGGCGCUCUCUCGCAAGAGUUCCAAGGCUAACCAGGACCCAAGAGCAGUCGUCUCGUCUUCGAUUCCUGCUGACGGACCACUCGACUCGGGCAUAGCCAUGAAUGAAAAGGGCAUCACCGAGCCUGCAUCUGCAAAGGUGGAUAGCAAGGUCGGCCACAAGAAGUCGGAACCGACGCUGUCCAAGUGCAACAAGCCAUCCAACUCGCUCGCGGCUUUCACUCCGCCGCCCAUUCCCGCCGACAAGGCACCUGCGCCAGGCAUCGGCAAGCGGAAGAGCUUUUUGAGCGUCUUCCGUCGAUGA